CUCCCGUCACAGUCCCGUCACAGCGACAACAGACACCUGGACCGCGCGCCGGGCAGACGUUCGUUCCCACCGGCCGCGCGACCGUAUCGCGACGAUACAGAGUAUAAAAUAGCGGGGAGGUGGACACUCGACCACAACCACCCAUCGCGACCUGUCAGCGGACAAGAGCUCCAGAUCGACUGCCGAGAUGUUUGCCGCACUGCUGCUGAGUGCGGGGCUUGCCGUGACAGUCUCAGCUGAGCUGAGCGUCACCACAUACAACGGAGGGAAGGUGCCCACGGCCGGAGAGCUCAUCUUCGAGGACAACUUUGACGAGCUGGAUCUGGUCACCUGGCAGCAUGAGCUCACACUCUGGGGCGGCGGCAACAACGAGUUCGAGGGAUACAACAACAACCGGACCAACAGCUACAUCCGCGACGGCGUCCUGUACCUGAGACCCACCCUGACGGCGGAGCGGUUCGGUGAGGACUUCCUCUACUCGGGCACCCUGGACAUGAACGGCGGCGCGCCCUUCGACCAGUGCACGUGCCCUCUCAACUACGGCUGCGUCCGCCAGGGUAACUCGGAGAACAUCCUGAACCCAAUCAUGUCGGCGGCCAUGCGCACGCCGCUCUCGUUCAGCUUCAAGUACGGCCGUGUGGAGGCGCGCGCCAAGAUGCCGGCCGGCGACUGGAUCUGGCCCGCCAUCUGGAUGAUGCCCGUGAGGGAGGUGUACGGCAACUGGCCCACCUCCGGAGAGAUCGACAUCGUCGAGAGCCGCGGCAACCGCGACCUUCUGCGGCCCUCCGACAACGUGCAGGUCGGCGUCAAGCAGGUGGCCUCCACCAUGCACUGGGGAGCCGACUUCCCGUCCAACCAGUGGCCUCGCACCCACUACGAGCUCAACGACGAGGCCGGCUUCGACGCCGACUUCCACGUGUACGGCGUCGAGUGGACGCCCGAGGGCAUCACAUUCAGCGUCGACGGCGCCGACAUCGGCAACGUCACUCCGCCGGAGGGCGGCUUCUGGGAGCUGGGCGAGUUCGACCAGGACGCCUGGAGGGACAACCCGUGGCAGGGGCGCUCCAAGAUGGCGCCCUUCGACCAGGAGUUCUACCUGAAACUGAACGUGGCCGUCGGCGGCACGGGCGUGGCCGGCUCCGGCACCUUCUUCGAGGACUCCUACAUCAACGGCAACGGCGCCAAGCCGUGGAACAACACCUCGCCGACGGCGUACCGCGACUUCUGGGAGGGCCGCGACCAGUGGCUGCCCUCCUGGAAUGGCGACGACACCGCCAUGCAGGUGGACUAUGUGCGCGUCUACGCCCUCUGAGUACGGUCUGUAGAGUAACAGUGAUGUCAGACGCAGCGGCCAGCAGCCGUGGUGGCUAACUGAUGUCAAAAGUCGUAGGAUUUAGGGAAAUAUGGUGGCCUGUUUCUAUUUAAAGGAGAAAAUACAUACCCUAGUACUUA